AGUCUAGCGGUGGCGGUGACCUCCCUGCUGUGGGACCACCUUCUGAUCUUAGGCGAUGAGAUCGAGUUGAUAUGGCGAAAACGACGUUGGUCGCUCGUGCAAAAGCUCGUUGUGGCAAACUAUUACGGCGUGCACGGAGCUAUGAUAUUCUUCGCCUAUGUGUUGAGUGGCAUGCACCUGUCAUUUAGCGAUAAGCAUAGGUGUCGAGGGUUCGGGGUCUUCAUGAGCACGUAUGGACUCAUCAGUGUCGGUUUCUCACAACUCGUUCUCCUCAUGUGCACCGUCAAUGUCUGGGAUAACAGGAGCAGCGUCAAGGUGGCUCUCGCGAUUGGCUUCGUCAUAUGCUACAGCAUGAGCGCCGCAUUCGACGCUCUGACGAUCAGACAACUCUUCACACCACAUUUUGCACAGUAUGACAAGGUCACAAAAUUUUGCGUUAUGAGCCGUAAGGCGACGUACUUGCCUGGAAUCUGGGGCGGAGAGCUGCUAUAUGAUCUUUACGUCGUUGUGCUCUUAUUUAUAAAUUCUUUGUCUCGUCCUCGCCGCAGUGACCACGAGGUCGUGACAAACCUGGUACGAGAUGGUGGAUUGCUAUUCAUUGUAUGUUCAUCCCAUCUGUGA